UUCUUUCAGGCACUUUCGAGGCGAUCUGUACCACGGUGGUCAACGGUCAUCGAGCCGUUCAGUUUUCUUUUAUACCUGCGAGUGGAUGUCGAGAGGUUUUUCGAGAAUUUCCGAUAAGCGCGAUUUUUCGAGUUGUGAACCAUCAUCAGUGCUGUGUUUUAAGGUGAUUUAGUCAAUGGCAUUAAAUAUGGCACCGUACUUCACCGGUUAUCCAUUUCAAGGGCAGGGGCGCGUAAACCAAUUAGGCGGAGUAUUCAUCAACGGGCGACCUCUUCCAAACCACAUCCGAUUGAGGAUAGUCGAACUGGCCGCUUCCGGCGUACGUCCCUGCGUGAUAUCGCGGCAGCUUCGCGUGUCCCACGGGUGCGUUUCCAAAAUUCUGAAUCGCUACCAGGAAACGGGCAGCAUACGUCCCGGCGUGAUCGGCGGCUCGAAGCCGAGAGUGGCGACCGUCGAAGUCGAGACCAGGAUAGAGCAAUUGAAACGCGAAAAUCCCGGCAUAUUUUCGUGGGAAAUUCGCGAUAAACUCAUAAAGGUUGGUAAUUUCAGGCGAGAAUUAGAAAUUGACACGCUUCUUUUUCAGGAAGGUAUUUGUGAUAAAAACAACGCGCCUUCUGUAAGCUCAAUCAGCCGACUUCUUCGCGGUGGUCGGAAGGAUGAGGUCGAUCGAAAGAACCACUCCAUCGACGGAAUAUUAGGUCCAAACUGUUCCGGAGACGAAAGCGACACCGAAUCUGAACCAGGAAUCCCGCUAAAAAGAAAACAACGCCGCUCCAGGACAACGUUCACCGGUGAACAAUUGGAAGCCCUCGAAAGGGCUUUCGGCAGGACUCAAUACCCGGACGUGUACACGCGCGAGGAGCUCGCACAGAAAACCAAGCUGACCGAGGCGCGCGUUCAGGUUUGGUUUUCGAAUCGAAGGGCGCGAUUACGUAAACAAUUAAAUUCGCAACAAUUAAACGCGUUUAACACGAUGUCCCUCCAAUCCGCCUUUCCCGUUCAGCAUCAGUACUCCGACCCCGCGUUUAAUCAGGCGUCGUGGCCGCAGCAGUCGUACGCCCUCGGCGCGUCAACCCUUACGCCGCCGAGCACCCUUUCGCAUUCUUCGACUACCACCAACACGACCGCGACAAGCACCCCCUCGUACACCACCUACAAUUCCACAUCGAUCGAGCCCAACGUGCUGAACCCCACAAAUCAGCUCGGAUACAUGUCGCAAAUAUCACCCAACCAACACGGGGUAGGAACCCAACAGUCCGCGGUGUGGAAUCGACACUCAUCCAACAACAAAAUGGCCGAAAAUUUAAGCAGUUGGCAUGAGAAUUACAGUUUCUUCGCCGGAAGCCACUACGGUGCCCACUCGCCGGGCGAAGCGAAAUCCGGCUACCCCUACUUCGGUACGAUGGAAAUGUGUGCAAGUCGUGUUCAUUAAAAAAAAUAAAUUGUAAAUACCUUUUCUCGAUGAUUAGAAAAAAAAACCUUUUACAUAUUUAAGCCAAUGUAAGUUUAAGUAUAUUUAUCUUGUAAAUAAUAGACAUCGAAGCUGC